UGGCUAAUUGGUCAGAAAAACAUGGAAAAAUAAAUGAAUAUCAAGCUGGAUUUCGUAAAAAUUACUCUACCGUUGAUAAUUUGUUCAACUUAUCCUCAAUAAUACACUUAAACUGGCACAAAAACAAAAAAACCUAUGCUUUCUUCGUAGAUUUUAAAGCUGCGUUUGACCGAGUAUCUCGAAAAGCCAUGAUAUACAAACUUCAUACCAUAGGAGUAUCAACAAAAGCCAGGAACUCUCCAGUGAUUUUAAUACAACCACAGGUGUUAAACAGGGCUGCUUAUUAUCUCCUCUCCUAUUUGCUUUGUACCUCAAUGACCUACAUGAAUACAUUGGUGGUGGUACCACAGUGGAUGAUCAAAAUAUUCGACUUCUGAUGUAUGCCGAUGAUAUCGUCAUCCUAGCUGACGAAAUAGACGUGAUGCAGCGUAUGAUACAAAAACUGGAGGAAUAUUGCAAAAUAUGGAACAUGGAGGUUAACAUGGAGAAAUCAAAAAUAAUGGUAUUUCGGAAGGGAGGAAAGCUUUCGAGUAAGGAAAAGUGGCUGUAUAAUGGAACAGAGAUCUCAAUUACAUCGGAAUAUUCUUACCUGGGGUUGACAUUUACACCUAAACUCUCACUCCGGAAACAAAUACAGGAGAGAAAUCAAUUAGCCAAAAAUAGCAUCAACACCACUUGGAAUUGUUUCUUAUCAAAACCUAAUGUGUCCAUAAAAACAAAAUGGAAACUCUUCUUGGCCAUUAGUAGGUCUAUACAAUCAUAUGGAUCACAAAUAUGGGGGUUUUCUCACUUUGAUGAAGUUGACCAACUGACACUAUAUUUUUUAAAGAAGGUAUUAAAAAUGCCAAGUUUUACUCCAACGUACAUAAUGAUGUUAGAGACUGGUGUCGAAAACGGGCAUAUAUACACUUUGAACAACCAUCUUAACUAUAUAACGAGAAUUUUGUAUGAUUACAAAGAUGAUAGGCUACCUAAAAUACUAGCCAAAAAAGUGAUGAGACACGAAAUAUUUUGGAAAACGCAUAUAAAUUCUUUAACUCUGCAAAAUAGUACAGAAGCUUUCACGCCAAAUCUGUCAAAACAAUGUUGGUUACAAAACAUUCAAAAUCUCCUCCAAAACAUACGUGCAACAAAAACAAAUGAUGCACUUUCAAACGCAAAUAAUACACACCGCUUCUACAGUAAGCUCCAACCUACUUUUGGGGGAUUAUACUUUGUCGAACCCUUGAUGCAGGACGAACUGAUGUGGAUAUUAAAAGCUCGAAGUGGGAUGUUUUCAUUAAAUUCCAACAGGUUCCAAACAAAUUCAAAUCCAAUAUGUUCAAUGUGUAAUACAGUUGAAAUAGAAAACAUUCAACAUUUCCUGGGUCGAUGCCCAGCUCUCAAAGAAUUCCGAUUAAUGUUCUUCCAAAUGCCCAUAAUUAAUGAAUCUGAUUUAAUAAAUAUUCUCAAUGGAAAUGUUAUACACUGGAAAAGUUUAGCCAGUUAUCUAAAAACUUGUAUGUUAUAUAGAAACCAGUUAUUGUCUGAAUUUAAUAUAUAAAAGAAAGGAAAAACAAACUCGUAAAUCUCUAGUAUAUACACUAUAUUUUAAUAAUGGACAGACGACCGAAGGUCAAUGUCAAGAAAAUAUAUACUCAAUUUAUUCUUUUAGAAUGCUAUGUUUAUAUUGCUAUAUUUAUAUGAAAACAUUAAUGAAAUUA